GCCUUUGGGGGGUCGCGUGGCUCUCCCGUCCCGCUUAACUGGCCGAGGCGACCCAGCAGCCGUUGGGAUCCGGUGGGAAAGUUUCGCUCCCCGGUUUCUCUCUUCGGAGGGAAGCGGCGCGGCUCCUCCUCCCUCCGGCUCUCCCGGAGAAAAUCGGGAGUUUGCUCACGUUCCCAAAGUCGCGGUUACGCCACGAAGAGCGCCUGGCCCGCACCGGGACCAGGGAGGGAAGAGCCGCCUACCUGGCCGCCGCAGAGGCGACUCAGGUCGGAUCCCAGCUGGUUCCUCUCCGCAGAAAGGGUGGGGCUGCCCCUCGCCAAGACGCGACCGGCCAUGGCGAAGAGGAAUGGGGGCUGCCAGCAGUUCUGCACCACCUGCCUGCUGGGGCUGUUCGGCUGCCACUGGACCCACAAGAAGAGCCUGAAGACGAGCAAGGUGUGUGUGCCCUUACAGGAGUCCCUGGGAGGCAUGGCAGAAGGCCCACGCCUUGUCCCUCUUUACCCGCCCUCCUUCCCCUCCCCCACCCUGCACAGGUUCAUCUUCCAGAAGACAGAAUGGUGGCUGGACUGGUCAGUGGUGAUGCUGUGUGUGACAGCCACGCUGGUCACCUACUCCUCUCUGCUCAUGGUGUUGGCACUCUGCCUCCAGCUCUGCCAUCAGCCCCUGAAGCUGCAUUGGCUCCACAAGGGCCUCCUGAUCCUGACUCUGCUGAUUGUAGUGGCUGCUUUUGUGGGGCUGAAACUUCAGUGGUCAGAGCAGUGGGAGAGCGCCCACAUUGCCCUACAGGCGACUGGCCCCUUCCUGCACAUUGGAGCUGUGGCGGGCUUGACGAUGCUUGCCUGGCCAGUAGCAACCUGCUUCUACCGCAUCUCCCACGCAGCUCUCCGGGGCGUCAUCCUGGUCUUGUAUCUGGGCGCAAUGCUGGCUUUAUACCUGGCCCCCCUGGGCAUCGACUCGCCCUGCUUCCUGGAGCAGAGCCAGCUCCCUCCCAAACCGGCUCUGUUUGGGCACCGCGGGGCUCCCAUGCUGGCACCAGAGAACACCAUGAUGUCCUUCCAGAAGGCGCUCAACUGUGGCCUGAGCGUCUUAGAAACGGAUGUCCGGGUGAGUGCCGACGGGAUCCCUUUCCUCCUGCACGACGAGACCCUCCUGCGGACCACAAAUGUGCAGGAGGUCUUCCCCACCCACAGCCACGCCAAGGCCACGGCCUUCAACUGGACGCAGCUGCAGCAGUUGGACGCUGGCAGCUGGUUUUUGCAGAAGCAUCCCUUCCCCACAGCCUGGAGCCUUUCAGAGGAAGGGAUGGCCCAGGCCAGGAGGCAGCGCAUUCCGUCUCUGAAGGAGCUGCUGGCGGAGGCCAGGAGGCACCAGGUGUCUGUCAUGUUUGACCUGUUGCCGCUGGAAGACCCCCACUACGAGCGCCUGGUCAACAUCACAGUGGAGACCAUCCUCCAGUCGGGCAUCGACCAACAGCUGAUCCUAUGGCUGCCUGAUAAGUUUCGGGAGGAGGUGAGACUGUGGGCACCCAGGUUCCAGCAAAUCUAUGGCCCCGAAAGUUUGGACAACAAGACCAGGAGGCUCCCGCGAGUCAACCUGGCUUACCAAAAACUGAGCAGCACAUUAAUCAGGGAAUACCGCCGCAACAAUAUCUCAGUCAACCUGUUUGUGGUGAAUGCUCCGUGGCUCUUCUCCGUCCUCUGGUGUGCUGGGACUUCUUCGGUUACCACCAACGCCUGCCAGGUGCUCCAGAAGAUGCAGCACCCCCUCUGGCUGCUGCCUCGUGGCACCUAUCAAAUGAUCUGGAUUGUGACCGACUGCGCCUCCUUCCUGCUGGUUCUCUCGGCUUUCCUGCUGCUGAAAAGAUGGUCUCGGAAAAAGGAGUCGAGAGGUUCCAGCUCCGAUGUGCUGCUGACCAAGAUCCACAGCCUCUUGUCCGAGUGAGGCGAGAGCGUCCAGAAGCCCCGGGCUUUGCCCUCCCCCCCCCCCCCCCCUGCUACUUUUGGCAGGACUCUCCCUCUCUCAAAUGCUUCUCUGGGAACAGCCUGUCCUUCGCGCUUGCUGGCAGCGGCUGCUGGGAUCUGUUUCAGGGGCCUGCAUCGCACAGCCCUCCAAGGAGCAGAGAGCAACUUGGAGGCGGCCUUUCUUCUUGGAACCCGGAGCCUUCCCACAUCCUGGGACUGACCGCUAGAGCCUCGGGAUGGAAUUGGGGAGCUACCAGCUCUCCUGUGGGACACGGUUUCUUCUUGAGGUGGGACUUGGAGGAUCUUGGACGUGCCCAAUAAAGCUGUUUCUACAGGCUGGGAAA